CAAAAAACCUGCAAACAUGUGAAGACGCUGGGAAUGGAGACAUGCGCAAUGCAUCCGGUACCUGCCCAGGCCGAGGUGGGGCGAUGACGCUCGAUUAGCUCCCGCGACUUUUUGGGGCCUUGGUUGAUCGCUGCCUAUGCACAUCUUGUCAACAAUCCCCAAGGCUACGCAGUCUAUACGUACAUCAGUCACUCCUCUCUCUUCCAGGACUUCACACAAGCCAUAGCAACGACCUGGAGAUAACCGACCAUGUCCUUCCAGCAACUCGACAACGCCCCCAAGGCCGACGACUUCACCCCACUAUCAGAACACCAAUCGCAGACCCCGACGUCCUUUUUCAGCGCAAAGCCCGUUCUCCAUGCUCACUAUGAGGGCAUGACUCUGGUGGCCGCUGCUGACCAGCUAAAGCAAGACGCGGCGUUUAGCAAGUUCAGCUCAAGACGCGAGGGUGAAGAAGACUUUGUAGAUGGCAUUGACGUCUGGGUGUCCUCUGAAAAUGUGGUUUUGUUUCAGAGCACGCCCUCUCCUGUCGGCGUUUCGAUCCCAUAUCCUUCUCUCGCCCUCCAUGCGACCAUGAAGUACAAGACUACGAUUGAGGCGCUAUACGUGAACAUAUCACUCAACGACGCCGACACCGUAAAUGAGGACGACGAUAUUCACAUGCUCGAGGUCACCCUACUGCCCCCGUCGUACACCUCGAAACCCACCGAGACAUGCAUUACAGACCUAUUCACCGCGCUGAACACCUGCGCAGACCUGCAUCCCGACCCAGAUGCCAGUGAUGACGAUGGCGAAGACAUACUGGACGACACAGCACCCGGUGCGUCGGGUUGGAUAACGGCUGAGAACAUGGACGAGUAUAUGGAUGAGAAUGGUAACUUCAGUGGCAUGGUGAUUGGAGAAGAGCUGGGACCUGGUGCCGGAACAGUGAGAGCAAGGGAAGACACCGAGGAAGGCGCCAAUGGUUUGAAUGGUACAGACGGGCACGAAGGGAAGUACUAUCGCACCGGCUGAAGCUGUUUACAUGGAGAGAGUGAAGAGACAUCACAACGUCAACAAUGAACGACAGAAUGAUACCCCGGGC